AUGGAAGACUGGACGCUAAUUAGUGAGGUCAUUCCCAGUAAGUUAUAUCUUGGUAGCCUCGAGGCAGCUGAGAGUGCGGAAUUGUUAGAGCGGUACAAGAUCAAGUCAGUUGUAUCUAUAAUCGAGGUUGAGCCAAAGAUCCCGGGAUGUAUCAAAUCGCGGAAGUGGUUGUGUGUGGAGGAUCUAGAAGACACUGAUUUGUUGAGCCAGUUUGAUUCGAUCAAUACGUUCAUAGACAAAACGGAGAAAAGUGUGUUGGUCCAUUGCCAAAUGGGGGUGUCCCGAUCAGCAACGUUGGUCAUUGCCUAUUUAAUUAAAACCGGGAUGACUUUUGAAGAAGCAUAUAACCACGUAAUGAAGGUCCGCCCACUGAUAGCACCUAACAACGGAUUUAUUCAACAACUGAUGCACUACAGCUUCAAAGUACAACCAAAGAACAAAGAAAGAACUCAAUGCUUCUUGGCAGACCACUGGCUUUGCCCGGGACUAGAUAAGAACGACUGGGACGUUAAGAAGAAAGUCGGGUUUAUGGAACAACUCGACUCCGUAGACUUCUCGUUUGGUUAUUUACUGCUGUAA